ACGAUGGAAGCCAGGCAACGACAAAUCCGAAAGCGAGUCUGUAAAGCUUGCGAUCGCUGUCGUCUCAAGAAAUCAAAGUGCAGUGGCAUGGCUCCAUGUAAUCGCUGUAAGACAGAUGAUGCUAUUUGUAUCUUUACAAGGAGGCGCAAUCAUAAGGAUAAAUCGUAUCCUAAGGGAUAUGUAGAGAUUCUUGAGCAACAACAAGCCCAACUCGUGGCCGGUCUUCGAGAACUUUAUAGUCGGUUACAAUGCGGCCAGGGCUGGCCGGGACCACCACUGAGCAAAGCAGAAAGCGGCCAUCCUCUCACGCACGACAUCCUCGACCGACUAGACCUCCCUCUCCCCCAUAGCGAGCAUCAGAAUACCCAUGAUUCAUCAGAAAUCGAUUCAUUGGAAGCCGGCUCACCGGAAAGCCUCUGCACUGUGAUGAAGCCUGAACUUCUUGAGAGCUGUGCACCAUCUACUGAGAUCCUCAGAUCCAUAAGCCCUGAUUCAGACCUUGGCCGUCCUUCUUCACUCCGUUCAUCACACAGUGGCAUAAUAAGCGAGAGGCUGUUACGAGAUAACAACGACCACACUACGAACAAACACCCCACGAUGCUUCCACCCUACGAUCUUUACGACGGUUCACAAGAGGCGCCAAUUAUAAGCCAGGAACUGUCAAUGGCCUCCUCGUUAGCUCUGGAGAAUGAGGUUCUGGAUCCGUCGACUAUGGAAUAUGCAGAAUGGAUAACCCACCAGGUCACAAAACAGGAACUUUUUGAUUCGAGAUCCCAACUGGUGUGCACGUUUGAUGCCUUUAGUGGUGACUUCAGCGUCAAUGAUGUAGUGUAA